AUGGAAGGGUAUUCCUCGUUCAAGCAGAAACGUCGAACUGAGCUUCAGGCGGAGAAGGAGAGCGAGGAUCCUCUCUUCACGGAGACACAUCCUCGCCUCUUGCACCGCGCCGAGCGAAUGUCCGUACCUGAGUUUCAUGAGGCUUUUCGGGAAUGUCCUGACGGCUCCAGAACUGUUAACGUCUAUGGCCGGGUUCGAUCCAAGCGAGUUGUUGGAAAGGGCCUCAUGUUUGUUGACAUCGUGAAUGAAUUUACGCGUCUGCAAGUCAUGAUCAGUCGGAAAACGUGCAUGGUGGACGAGGAAGAGAGAAAAUUGAAGUUUGCCAUGUUCAGAAAUUUGAUAGAAGUGGGCGACCACAUAUCUAUCGUCGGUGUCCCGACUCGUACUAAGGCUGGCGAACUCACCAUCGAGGCCAAGAGCCUGCCUGAGCUCCUGUCUCCCACGAUGGAGCAGAUUCCCGAGAAGCUUACCGACUCUAAGACGAGAAUGCAGGAGCGUCAUGUCGACAUGCUGGUGAACCGUGAAGCGAUUGACGUCCUGCGACUACGUGCUCAGAUCCUCCAACAUAUGCGUGAAUACUUCAACUCGAAGAAGUUCCUCGAGUUUCAGACCCCGAUCCUGGCCGAAAAUGCUGGCGGUGCUGUCGCCCGCCCGUUCGUCACGAGAGCUACCGAGUUCAAGAACAAAGAUCUUGCCUUGCGCAUUGCACCCGAAUUAUGGCUGAAGCGUCUCGUUAUUGGAGGUGUCGACAAGGUCUUUGAGAUUGGCCCUUCAUUCCGCAAUGAGGGCGUUGAUGCGACACAUAACCCUGAGUUCACCAUGUGCGAGUUCUACAGCGCCUACAGUAACUUGGAGGACCUGAUUAAAGAAACCGAGGAGCUUUUGUGCAGCCUUGCCCGGCAUACCCAGAACCUCAUCGCCACCGAUCUUACAUCUCUUCCUCCUAUCGACAUGGCCCAGUUCGAACGUCCUUUCAAGCGUGUCGAGUUUGUCCCUGCCCUACAGGAAGCUCUUGGCCUGCGGCUACCCAAACUCUCAUCUCCAGAUGCUUUACCAGAGUUGCUGGCCAUUCUAAAGCUUGCUCGUAUCAAGGUUCCGGGAGAGGUGCCCAGCUCACUGGCCAAGCUUCUCGAUCGAUUGGCUGCUAUAUACCUGGAGCCUAUGUCUUUCACACAACCUAUCCUCAUCAUGAACCAUCCUGCUUGCAUGUCGCCUCUGGCGAAGAGUUUCCUUUGCCCAGAGACCUACCAAUUAAUUUCUGCUCGGGCGGAGCUCUUCAUUGGUGGUCGUGAGUUGGCCAAUAUGUAUGAGGAGGAGAACGACCCAGAAGCCCAGCGGCGCAAGCUGCUUGACCACCGAAACCUUGUCAACAAGGAUGAUGGCAGUAUCGCCAUUGAAGAUCCUGAGCCCAUCGAACCCCCCGAGUUAAUCGAGACACCAGAAGGCGAAACACCAGAGGGGGAAACACCUGCUGAAGAAACUCUCGACGAGCCUUUCGAAGACGAGGACGGUGAUGCUGCUCCUCUCGACCAAAGUUUCGUCAAAGCCCUUGACUACGGCCUCCCUCCUACCGGCGGUUGGGGAUGUGGCGUUGAGCGUAUGGUGAUGCUGUUUUCUGGCGCCAACCGUAUUAGCGACUGCCUAAGCUUUGGUACGAUAAGGAAUGUGGUUGGAUUGUCGUCGGCUGAGGAGAGCAAGAAGACUAGCUCCGACGAAAUCAAGAAGACAACUCUAGAAGAAGACGAGAAGACCUCUGACAAGACCUCGUGA